GCCAAUAUGUCUGCCCCCUGUGUUUUUGUUUCCGCUGGUUUAUGAUUUCUAUUUUUACUGUUACCAGUGGCUGCCAAGGGUUGAUUAACGCAAAACAUUCAAAAGAAAAUUGGUUAGCAACACUAAUCUCAUUCACCAUGUCAUUUAAGAGAGAGGGUGAUGAUCACAGCCUCUUGCAACAAAUUAGGAAAAGAAGAAUAGAAGAACUAUUUGCUUAUGACAUCCCAGAGAAAGAGGCUCUGCUCCUAAGGGAUGGAAGGUUUACCUGCACAAUAUGUCCACACAGGCCAUUAUUUGACACAAUUGCUGUGCUUGCAGUGCACAGACAAGGAAAGAAGCAUAAAGCAAAUAAUGUAAAACAGGAAGACAUCCAUCCAAUGGUAUCAAACAGUGGUACGUCUGCAGCACAGCAGACAUCUCAACCACAAAGGAUUAAAAAUGAGUCUUCCUGUGGAAAUGCUUUGAUGUCAGCUGCCUCAUACAAUCCAUGUGUCAAAAGGAAUAAAGAAGACAAGGACACAAGAAUUGAAUUGGAUAGGAAUAUAUCAAGCACAUCGAUUUUGAAGAGACUGGCAAAUUUUCAACAACAUGAUUCUAUUCCAACAGAUUUUAGACCUUAUAAAAGUAAAAGAAGGACAAAUACCACCCCAGUAGAAACAUUGUACAGUUCACAGCAGGCUGUUAAGGACAAUGAACCACCCGCAAAAAGUAGAAAUCUACAGCAACUUUCAGAGGCAAGGCCAGUUUCACUUGAUAAGACCACUAAUAAUGUUGAGGUGUUCAAUGAA